AACUACUCUCUGGACACAGGUAUCAAACACUGAGCUGUGGAUCCGAGCUGAACCUUUUUUUCUUUUUUGUACAAAGGGGUACAGCAUGUCCGAAAUGCUUGACAUCUUGACAAAGAACUUCUCAACCCUGGACCUGGAUGACGGCUUGUUCCUGUCACAGUCUCAACUCAAAGUCCCAGGGCAGAGUCGGGUGAAUCGGUCAGCCUCCUACUACUCUGCCCAGUCCCCCCCCCUCUCCUCAAGCCACAGCUUGAGCACCGAGCAUGUUAACGAUGACAGCGGCAGCCCUUUCUGGCCUUCCAACAUCUGGGGUCAGGCUCCUGUCUCCAAACCUAAACAGCUGUCGUUCAGGCCUGACCGCUCCAUGAGCCUAACUGAGUCCACCAGCACCUUGCUCUCCUCUUUUGAGCAGCUCAAGAACCUGGAGGCCUUUUCCUCACCUACAGCUACUACUGUGGCUCCCCCACCUGGCUUCCCUCCCACAUCCAACCUCCCACCCCAGCUCCCACCUCUGCUCUCCUCUAACCGUUACAAGACUGAACUGUGCCGUGGCUUCCAGGAAACUGGUAGCUGCAAGUAUGGCAAUAAGUGCCAGUUUGCCCAUGGUGAGGCAGAGCUGCGUGGACUUUACCGCCACCCUAAGUACAAAACAGAGCCCUGCAGAACCUUUUAUAACUUUGGGUACUGCCCUUAUGGUUCACGCUGCCACUUCAUCCACGAGGCCAAAAUCAGCAGAGGUCCACUAUCUGCUAAAUUUCAGAAUGAGCGGCAGAUGAGUGCCACAGCAACCAGUGGUCAGAAUCCACGCCACCAGCUCCGCCAGAGUGUCAGCUUUGCCGGUUUCCUGGGUUCACGCAGCUCACCUCCUCCAUCAUUUCCUUCAUCCUUUAAUGAUCCUAACCUGGGGUUCAGUCGUGCUCCCUCCGUUUCUCCACCUCCCGCAGACCUCCUCUCCCCAGUUUUUGGUGACCUGUGGGAAGAAAAAGCAUUCAAGUUUGGCAGCCAGCAGCAGAGUCGUGCCAGCACCGGAGACAUCCACAACAUUCCUCUCAUCCUGGAGCCAAAGACCUCACGCUGUGUGUGUGGCCAUGGAAAUAACCUUUCUGCUGUAAACAGUAACAACAGCAGAGUCUUGACCAGCACAGAAGACGGGCACCACCAGGACAGCAGCAUGCUGUGUGCGUUUCCCGGAGGCCACGGAGGAUUCACAAAGCCUUCUGGUCUCCAGCGUUUCUCCUCUGAAGACUCCCUGGAGGACAGCUACAGCAGCAGCAGCGGAGGAUCCAGUGGCACUGAGUCUCCAACUUUUGACGGCUCUGCCACCAAGAGGCUCACCGUGUUUGAGCGUCUGUCCCUGUCUGACUAAUCCAAAGGGAAACAACAGAAGAUAAUGGACUGGUUAAUAAUAAUGUCUUUUCUGUGUGAACUGUCUUCAAGAAACAAGAACUUUUUAGUCACCUUCUGAUGACACAGUAACACUUAAAGUUUGUAAAGAGUGGAAUCUCUUUACAAACUACACAUGCUGAGAUGAUUUUACUUUAGUACCCAAAUGUUAGCAGUCUAUAUUUUUAUACUUAAAAUACUGUGUAGCCAAUUAGACCUUCUAUUAGUGGUCGUCGAAAAGAGAUCAAAAUGGCUUAUCAAUAGUGAUCAUUCAUUCCUGUGCCUUAAAUAUUCUCCCUGUUUCACAGGCUAUUCACCCUCAGUGCCAUAAACAGUAUGUUUGUUUCUGUAGCCUUAAUCAGUGAGACUUGACAUGUGUCACUGAUGCCAUUUUAUUUGUGAAAUGCACUUUACAGCUAAUUCCAAUGGGAGAAACUGUCAACUCUCCCAGUAGCAUUCAACCAAAGCUUCAUACAUCACUCUUUUGUGCGUGUGUGUGUGUGUGUGUGUGUGUAUGUGUGUGUGUGUGUGCGUGUGCAUGUGUGUAUAUAUGCAUGUGUGUGAGUGUGUAUGUCAUUUUUUUCUGAGACUUGGGGGGCUAACAAAUAUAAGUUGCAGAAUGUUGAAAGAUCAAAGUGUGCUAAUAGAUAAAUGUAUAAAAAUGUAUGUCAGUGAGUUUCGAUCUGAUAACUGACCCACUUUAACAUUCUGUAAUCUUUACUGGUUUGUAAAUUGCACCCCAUAUUUUUAUUGUCCCGUUUGUUUAACAGCCUGGUUCAGGGAUUUGACACCGCAGUAUUCCUUUUGGUCAUUGCUUCAUGUUCUUUAACUUAAACGAAUAUAUUUAUUAUUAUAUUUAUUUGUGUUGUAAGGAAAAAAAAAAGUUUGUUUUGUACUAUUUAUACAAAUUCCUAUGUCUGUGAAAUACUAAUGUGAGGCAAAACAGUAAAAAAAAAAAAAAAAAAAAGAGAAUCUUAUAUUUUUAAUCGUCUGAAAGGGACAAAAUAAAUUUCUGAAAAAAAAGAAAUGAAUGGA